UCCUUUAAAGCACAAAGCCUGCUGUCACUGCCCGCUCUCUCUCUCUCUCAGCUGAUCCCGUCAUCUCAUCAUCCCACGCCGUCCUCUGCUCUCUUUUGCUCUUUCUCUCUUUCCGGCCAGCUGUCCAGCCGACGUCCAUAACUGCGGGAUUUUUUUCUGCUUCUCUCUCUCAUUUUCCCAGAUUUCCUUUUUUUUCUUUUUGAUUUUCCCACCAUCUCUUCCUCCUCUGGAUCCGGGCCGAGAUAUGAAGCGGCACCAUGGGUUUUAUGGAAUUCUACCUGGAGAUUGACCCCGUCACCCUGAACCUCAUCAUCCUGGUCGCCAGCUAUGUCAUCCUGCUGCUCGUCUUCCUCAUCUCCUGCAUCCUGUACGACUGCCGCGGCAAAGACCCCACCAAGGAGUACGCCCCUGACAACACGCCAGCGCCCCCCAGCCAGUCGCCCAUACGCCUGGUGGUCAUGCAGAACUCGCCCACCACCACCCGGUACGAGCCCAACAACAAAGCGGGCCACGCCGAGCUGCCGACGCCGGACCUGAGCCGGGAUAGAGGAGAGCGUGAGAGGGAGAAGAGGAGUACUCUGGUCUGAGAGGAAGAGGAAGGUUCAGACGGAUAACCAUGAAGUGCUGCUGUUUCAUUCUCAGACUCUUAUUUUUUAAAUUGAACAUCCCGGAUGGCACCGAGGAGCCAGCAGGAGGGUUUUGACCUCACCUGCAAAUCCCAGAACUCCCUCCAGUUCCCACCACUGUCCUCCGCUCACCUACAGCGCCAUCAGCUCACCGUGGAUCUGUGGGAUUCUGGAGAUUCGGCCUCACGGAGAUCUGCAGAAACUUCAGACCUCGCAGUGCGUGAACUUGAAGUCAUCAGUAGCAGAUUCUCCAUCUCACCUCAGUGAUGAUGUGACCCCAACCCGCCAGACUGACAAAGUGUGAGGGUGGUGUCAGCACCUUCCCUGAAACCACAGAGUGUGGCCAUCACUGGAAAACUGAAGAUAGCAGUGAUGGAGUAGGGCGCUGGCUGCGGUUCUUCAAUGGAUGCCAUCUUAUCCAGGAGGAACACUCCUAGCUACCCUGCAGGAGUUUUAGUUUAACGAUAUAAAAUCUCACUGUCACGUUUAAGGAAAACAACUACAGUGCACUGUAUUCAAUCCUUACAUACACACGUUAAUGAUCUAAGUAUGCUUCUUCAUUCUGAGUAAAUCAGAGCUUCAGAAGAGCCAAUCAGCUUGGUGUUCAUGACGACGUCCAAUUACGAUGACCCUGUUAGCGUUUCCCACGCCACUAACGAGAAAUCCAAACGUGUGUUUAAAAGCUGAGGAUGGAUCUUACAAAGGAAGUUGGACACCUGUGUCCUACAGAGGUAACUAAGGUUACAGCCAACAUGCUUUCAAACCCCACCCCCUCCUUCCCUUUGCCUCGCUGUGGCAGGCAGCGUGUCCGUGGACAGGAAUCGCCGGGGGCUGAAUUUUAUACACCUCCCACACAUCGGGGCCAUACGUGGGACAGGAAACACUUUGAUUUAUUUCUUGUGCUUUGAGUCUGUGAUACUGAUGUGGAUGACAACACAAACACCAUCACAUCCAGUCAGAGGAUGAAACUGGUGCCCAGUUUGCAGCAGGGGGAACCUUUAAAGGUUGUGUUGCUAAUCACAAAAAGGCGUUCAUGGAAACUCCUGAACAGGCAGCCAUAUUCUGUAAGCUGCAUUUACAGCGCUUAACAAACGUGUCACCCCACCAACACAGUGUCACAGCUGUUGGUAAUGACCCGAACCAGCUUCUGUAACGUUAGCCCGGCUGUACGUGCAAUCACGUCAAUCUAAAUAUGUUAAAUGUUACAAUAUAGUUACUGUUUUUAUACAUUCAUUUUCAAAUUUACUGUUUUACAAAAAACAAGAAAAAAAUUGGGGUUUAAAAAAAAAAGCAAAUUUAGUUUAUUUGCCAAAUAAAUGAAAAUCAAACGUUAUUAAACAAGUUUUGACAGAUGUUCUUGUUUUAUGAUCGCUGGUCUAACAGAUUUGUUAAGCUCUGUAGCUGCACAGCAACAGUAAACUCUGUCUUCUAUCAUCUGUGGAAACAGUUUUUCUUUUUAACUUAAAUAUGAUUUUAUUCGAUGCUGUGUUGACAGUUUCCAACAUGACACCAGUGUCUGCCAUGUCUGCUGUUCCCGUCACGCCACUGAGAAUUUUGUAAACGUGUGACUAAGAACCUUUUUGAAUUAGCCCGUCUCCAUAGUAACAUCAAAGCAUCACUUUCUUAAAUUAUCAGACAUUUCUACGAGUACAUAAACAACCAUUUUAACCAGUGAGACUUCAAACAGCUGCUUGUUAUCAUUCAAUGCAAACUCUUUCUGUUGACUCUGUCACAGUUUCACUUUCAGUUUGUGCACUUCCUCAUUAUGUUGUCAUACCUGUUGUCUGCUGGGCCACAGCCUGCCACGUGGACACAAUCUCUCACUUCCUGUUACAUUUGUAACAGAAAUGUGAAAAACUGCUUUGAAAACCUUUCAAAAAUUAUUUUAAUUUUAAUGAAUCAACACAGAAACGUAAUCAUUCGAAGCAUCAGUAAAACUCACGUUUUUAAACAGAGAACUGUGUUUUACAUAUUAAACAAACAAACAAACAAAGAACCAUAAAGUAAUUAAUAAAUAAUAAGAAAUAAAAAAACUAGUCAUUACCUGAUUGUGCUGUAGCACCUGUAGCGCUGCAUGCUGGGUUAGAUCAGGUGAAAGCAGCUGAUGUUGCUCAGCGGUCGUAAAAGCUGCGGCUUUCUGACAGUCGAGCUCCAAACGUGUCAAUACAAACAAAAUUAGAAAAUGUUAUAAAAAUAAAAUAAAACACACCGUUUUACCAGCUUUUGUGUUACAUUUACUCCCCUCAGUACAAUCUCAUUCAAACUGACGACACAGAAAUGUCUGCUGGUCCGGUUUACGAACCCAGCGCCGAGGCUAACGUCAUAACGUUAACGUUCACAUUUCCACCAUUUGGUGGUUUUCUCAUGUUAGUAAAACCUGAACUUAAAAGUUACAAAAAUAAAUACUGUUGUGCUUAAAAGAUCAUGAAUAGUUUAAAUUUUCAUAGACACACUUUGUAAUGAUUUUGUAGCACCUGUGCAGUGUCUGCUGGGCCUAACCACGAACACAGCGCGGUGGCUAGCUGAGCGAAGCAGUCCCAGCUUUGUGGUCACCAAAGUCCAAUUUUCCUGAUAUUUGCAACAAAAAACAAAACACAAAAAAAAUCAAAUGUAGUUUUGUAAAAUGUAGUUAACGCAUCCUGUUACCAUUUCAUCCAAAUGAAAUGAGAAAGAAAACCUGGAGCUGCGAGUCGAACUCUGGAGAUUUUCUUUGAUUUGUUGAUGAAAUCAGUAUCUCAUGUUUUUAGGUCAGUUUAGUGAGACUGUGCACACACAGCCUAACUUUUUACUCUAGCUCUGCGAUCUGUUCAGUAAAAAACUACAAAACUUUAAUUAAAAUUUUUUUACUUUUAAAUAUUCAUUUGAAAAAAAAAAUCUAAAUAUAAAGACUUCCAGUUUCUACAGAGACGAUCACACUGACGCAGCCACACCCUGCUCGCUGCCUGCUGGGCCAGACUGUAAACUAAACCAGCAGGUUAUUUUACACAUUUAACCUUCAGGAGAUCAGCUCAAGUCAGCAAAACCUGAAAGACGUUAAAAAUGUUUAAAACACAAAAGUGCUGUUGUAAAUAUAAAAACUCAGAAUAGUUUCACUUUUGUGGGCGGGUUAGGGUUGGAUCAGCCCAGCAGUACUCCUGUGGUAGCACAGUCUGCUGGGCUGAGUUACCUGAGUUACCUGUGUGACCUUCAAACACAACACAAAUGCUGCUAUAGAUCAACAAUGCAAAAACAAGUAAUUUGAGUUUUUUGGGUACACACGGUGAUAAAGUUGCAGCCACUGCUGGGCCAGUUAAUGAGCUAAUGAGAGCUAGCUUUAUGCUAAUUUAAAACCUUUAUCAGUUAAUUGAUCCAUGUGAUCAGACAUGUUGGAGUAAUGUUUGCAGUUUGGGUCUGCUGCUCUGAUGCUUUCUGUGAUUCAAACAUUCAUUUGAUGUUUCUGGAAACCACUGUGGCUACACCUCAGCAGACUGGUUUAAUCCCGCUCCCUUCCUGAAACUACAAAAUCCUCCUUGACCAGAUAGACUCCGCCCCCACCGCUCAUUGGCUCUGGCACUGCCUGACAUAUGAUCCCGCCCCGAGUCUUUUUAGAGGGCUUGUGCCACAGAGGCCGUCGCUGGAGCAAAUCCUCUUAUAUAAAACAGCACAGCCAGCUGAGCAACCCACCAAUGGCUGCGUCGUAUCUGUAAUAUGAAUUGCACAAUUAUCCGCCCGUCCAUGUUUCAUGUUUGGGGAUUAUAUCGUGGCCACUGCUGCGUAUUAGAAGGAUGUAUUGUGUAUUUGUUGAUGUCUUUUUGUCUGUGGGGAAGGUUACGUAAGCUUCAGGUUGUCAACAGGCUCUGACUUCAUUACAUUCGUACAUACACUCAUCAUGAGCCACAGCACAGAAGAAACGAACAGAAGCCCAAAGUCAUGGUGCUGAGGUCACACUGCUGUAAUCAAACCAGCCCCACUUCACUCCAGAUACAAAAAUAUCUAAAAACACAUCAAAGGUCGCAAGUUAAGGUUUCACCAGAGUGUCAGAAACACUUUAAAUGGUUCAAAAUGUAUCUGAGGUGAACUGCUUUGUUUUAGUUUGGCCCAUUUUCCCUGGUUAUUUUCUGAUGAUGCACGCUCCCAUAUCGUAUAACAUGCAGCAAUUGCAUUGCACUUACCUUUCUAAGGCAACCCCACGUUUAGAUUUUCUGCUGACCUGUAGAGACAUGUUACUGCAGCUGCUGAUUAAAGAGUUACUGCAGACCAUAAGCAUAAAGCCAUGUAUUAAUGAUCUGUUAUUCCUUUCUGUGAUGGAAACAUUACAGUUUAGAUACUCCUGGAUUUUGUGGUUCAUGCUGUAUGCUCAGACAAAUACGAGCUGUAAUGUUUUUAAGGAAAUCACACUAAUGAUGUCACGGUUUUCUUUUCAAGUCUGUCACUGUGUAAUGGAAAUUUCUAAGUUUUACUUGAUCCCAGUGUACAGAAACAUGAAAAUCUAUGAAUAAACGAGUGGAAACUAAACAGCUGUUUACCAGUAGAAAAGCUCCA